AUUUAACCGGUGCUUGGAUGCUCUCGCCUCCCGCUUCCACUUCGGGCGCGAUGUGCUCCGGGCCGCCGCCAGCCUGCUCCGGAGCGGGGUCCCCCCGCGCCCUCACACCCCGGUGAGGGGCUGAGCCCGCAGCCCCGUCCCGACACCGGCCCCGGAGGACGGGGAGCACCCGCUCGCCCUGGCCCCCCUUGGCCGCCCCGAAGAUGCCGUUCCACCCGGUGACGGCGGCUUUGAUGUACCGGGGGAUCUACACCGUCCCCAACAUCCUCUCCGAGCAGCGCCCCGUGGAGAUCCCCGAGGACGAGCUGGAGGAGAUCCGUGAAGCCUUCAAGGUGUUCGACCGGGAUGGCAACGGCUUCAUCUCCAAGCAGGAGCUGGGCACGGCCAUGCGCUCCCUGGGGUACAUGCCCAACGAGGUGGAGCUGGAAGUCAUCAUCCAGCGCCUCGACAUGGACGGUGAUGGGCAGGUGGACUUCGAGGAGUUCGUGACGCUGCUGGGGCCCAAGCUGUCCACGUCCGGCAUCCCCGAGAAGUUCCACGGCACCGACUUCGACACCGUGUUCUGGAAGUGCGACAUGCAGAAGCUGACGGUGGACGAGCUGAAGCGGCUCCUGUACGAGACCUUCUGCGAGCACCUCUCCAUGAAGGACAUCGAGAACAUCAUCAUGACGGAGGAGGAGAGCCACAUGGGCACGGCCGAGGAGUGCCCGGUCGAUGUGGAGACCUGCUCCAGCCAGCAGAUCCGCCAGACCUGCGUGCGCAAGAGCCUCAUCUGCGCCUUCGCCAUCGCCUUCAUCAUCAGCGUGAUGCUCAUCGCCGCCAACCAGGUGCUGCGCAGCGGCAUGAAGUAACGGGAGCCUCGCCUCCGGAGCAAAAUCCCUAUGGAAUCAGACAUGAACACACCCCCCCCACCCCCCGGAAUGGGGGCAAGGCCGAGGGGGAAGCCCCGCACGGGGUCCCCGGGGCGAUGCGAUCGCAUGGCUGCAGAACAUGGAACCUUGGUACUGACACAAACCCACACACACAGACCCCAACCAAGCAUGUACCGUGCAUGGAGCCCCGUGUGCUGCCCCCUCCCCGGGCGGAGGAUCCCGUCGGAUGCACCGAUGCUCUCGUCUAUAGCUCUAUAUUUAUGAUCAAAACCAAAACCAUCCCCUAAGCAAUACACGCGCCUCAGAUGGUCCCCAGGGAUGGGAACGUUUGCAUGGACUUUGGCUGCCAAGGGCUGGAAUUCCCACCCCGUCCCCUGUCCCGGCCCGGUGCCGUGCCUCAGUUUCCCCACCCGCCAGACUGGGGGGACUCUGGUGACCUCCUGCUUGAUGCACUUUAGGCCGAAUUCCCUUGGGAAGAGCCAGAGCGACCCCGAGGCUGGGAGCCCGCAAUGGCCGGGGUCACCCACCCUGCACCCCCAGGGCCCCCCCCAGCCUGUAUGUAGCACCCCUGGGCAUGGGCCUGGCUGGGAUCUGGGGCUGUUCCCCCUGUUUGGGGUUGUUUUUUGGGGGGUUUUGGUUUCUUUCUUUCGUCCUGGGUUCGGAUCGGAAAUAAACGUGGGAUUUCUGAA